CUCAAAGAAACCUGGCGAUUCUUAUCGCGAUCGACCCUCGUCAGCUCCAGCUCCCUCGCGCUGACCACCAUCACCAUGGCGCCCGUCACCCUUGGCACGGUUGACAACGAUCUCAAAGAUGUCAUCCAGCAGCUCUUUGAAAUCCAAUCCGCCGUGCACGGCUACCUAGGCCCGGAGACGCAGCAGGAGCUCGUCCGCAAAAUCAAAACCCUCACCCUCGGCCUGUCCACGCUCUCCACGCAUACGCGCGACCCCCCGACCCCCUUCGACACCGCCGCCCGCGACAACGUCCCCGCCCACCCGUCGGAGCUCCCCGUCAGCAGCAUCCAGCUGCCGCCGGAGAUCAUCGACUACGUGGACGCGGCGCGCAACCCGGACAUCUACACGCGCGAGUUCGUGGAGCUGGUGCAGCGCGGCAACCAGGACCUCAAGGGCAAGCAGGAGGCGUUUGCCAGCUUCCGGGACGUGCUGGCGCGCGAGAUGCGCAGUGCCAUGCCCGAGUGCCGCGGCGAGGUGGAUCGGGUGGUUCAGGCGACGAGUAGUCCUGGUGAUGCGGAGGACGGGGGGGUGGAUGGGGAGGGACAGGGAAGGGCACAGGGCUAGGAGCGGACCGGGGGGAGGGAUUUUGGGUUUCCUUUCUCGCUUGGCUGGAAGGUACGACGGACUCGUACAUACAUAUAUUUUUGGUUUUGCGUGCAUGCAUACCUGGGCAAGGGAUUUAUUUGAUGAAGAUCGGAGAGUUAUUUUCUUUUCGGCGUUACCUGAUUUGCGUGUUGUUUAUUAUUGGGCGUUUACCAUGGACAUGGGUGGGAGUCAUUGAGUUUUUUUUUAGGGACUAGGAGUAGGGACUAGGGAGGGGGAAGAAAUCGGAACCGAUUAUUACAUCCUACGU